AUGGCUAUUUUCCAAGGUUCUUCCUGGUCCGAAGCAAGAGCAACUCUUUUCACAAAGCAACCACAGUUUCCAAGGUCGAUAGCCCUAUCUGGCAAAGACAAAGAUCUGGCUCCGGAUGAGGUGGAAGAGGCUCGAAUUUAUGGACAGGGGCAGAUUGAGUUUGUACGACGUUUCAUGCCUUCAUUUUGGGUACAUUUGAGUGAGACGACUCCUCAAGAUUUGAUAGCCGAAUUUGGACCACCUGAUGCGAUCUAUCGGAAGAAUGACAAUCGUAUUUCAAUACACGGAAAUGAUGUCGAAUAUCGCAUUCCUGGGCUUGAGAGCACAUCUCCUGUAGGUCGAGCCACAUCCGUGGAUACCGAUCACUCAUCGACCCAGAGCUACAGCGAGGGAUCUGAUCGUGAACAGCCUUCAAAUUCCGCGGACAAAGAUGUGGUCAAUCCGGAGUGUUUUUUCAACUACUUUCAUCAUGGCUUUGACGCCUUCGUAUCGUUUCCAACCUCAAAGUCGCCUCCUUUUCCAGGCACUGAGGCAAGACAUGGAACACCACUCUUUGGACCAGAAUUGAGAGUAACCAAGAUCUUGUUCCAUGCAAACGUGCCAGGAUCCUAUCCAUUCAAUCGCCAUCGAAGAAGCAGGUGGUCAAUUCAGACUGGCCCAACUGGGGUUGGAGUAGAAUUGUUGUCGUCAGAGAUGCCCUUUGAAGACGUCUCGGAUGUACUUAAGCGUAUGUGGCAUGGCUCGUAUCGUUCUGAAGAUGAGGAAAGGUCUAUGCAACGAGGUAUGGUCCUGAAUCGGGGUUGGGGUGAAAGUCCUGAAUCUUCUGUGGAGUUAUUGGGUGGAUGGGAGGACAAUGCUUCCCCACAUGGGACAGGUGGACUGGAGUCCUCAGAUGGAGUUCAAGGCCUCGGCAACACGGAGUUGUUCGGAUUCCCAGGCCUUUUGUUUGAGGUGGUCAAGAAUGGAACUGUGAGCUGUUUGACUGUCUACUGA